CAUCAUUAUUGUGGUCGACUAUACAUAGCCAGGCGAUACAUUGCAGGUUUUGUGCAAAAAGGUGGAGAAGCAAUCCGAGAUGCACUAAUGCAAGCAGCUAAAGGUCGAGUUGAUACGCCAAUGCAUGAUUGUACAUCACAUUCCGACGGUGAUGGUACUUCUGAAGGUGGGGCAGGUAGCGAUAGUCCAUUAGCAUCGCCUUCUGGAAUAUGGCCUAGCAAUGCAUUUAUAUCGCAAUAUUCAAUGUUGGGAACAAAUGGGCUUGUUGGUCUGCAAAAAGCACUCGAGCAAGGUAACGAAUUUGAUGAUGAUUGUUCUGAUAAUUCCUCAAAUGGAAAGCGUCAGAGACAAAAUUGGAAAAAUCAUAGGACAGAUGAGGAAGGUCUUUAUGCUUGUGAUCAAUGUGAUAAAAUGUUUGGCAAACAAAGUUCUUUGGCUAGACAUAAGUAUGAACAUUCCGGUCAAAGGCCAUACAAAUGCGACGUAUGUGAUAAAGCAUUUAAACAUAAACAUCAUUUAACUGAACAUAAACGUCUCCAUUCGGGUGAAAAACCAUUCCAAUGUGAUAAAUGUUUGAAGAGGUUCAGUCAUUCCGGUAGCUAUUCCCAACAUAUGAACCAUCGUUACUCUUAUUGCAAACCUUAUAGAGAAUAA